ACUAGAGGGGGCAGUUAGUGAGCACCGCGAGAGUGGUUACGUCUUUGCGCGUGGUGUAAGCGGCAUUUAAUGCUACGAUAUGAACAUCGUAAAUUAGCUCACUGAAUCCUUAAAACUCAAAUAUCGUUUUAUAUCGUCACUGGUCUGAUUUUAAGCCAUAAGCGUUCCGUUAGGUUUGGCGUUCACAGGACUACAUUUCCUAUCGCUGCUGCUGAUGACGUCAUUCAUGUGCGCCAAUCUUUACAGUCUUCGAGGGGAUCUUUGAUUAGCUACAUGGUUAAUACAAUAUAGUAAGCUGUCACCAUGGUGAUGAAAUCAGCAGUUGAUGAUGAUGACACUGGCUGGGGGCUGGGUAUCCCAGAAAAGAUGAAGAACAACGCCAACUGGGUUGAUAUUACACAUGAAUUCAAAAGCGCCUGCAAAGAUUUGAACCUUGGAGAGUUGCUUCAUGACAAGCUGUUUGGCUUGUUUGAAGCCAUGUCAGCUAUAGAGAUGAUGGAUCCUAAGAUGGAUGCGGGAAUGAUUGGAAACCAGGUCAACAGGAAAGUGCUCAACUUUGAGCAAGCUAUUAAGGAGGGUGCCAUCAAGGUCAAAGACCUCAGUCUUCCUGAACUCAUCGGGAUCAUCGACACCUGUUUCUGCUGUUUGAUAACAUGGUUGGAGGGCCACUCACUGGCCCAGACUGUGUUUACCUGCCUCUAUGUUCACAACCCUGACCUGAUUGAGGAGCCAGCCCUCAAAGCUUUUGCCCUGGGCUUGCUGAAGGUGUGUGACAUUUCCCGGGAAAAGGUCAACAAGGCUGCUGUGUUUGAAGAGGAGGAUUUCCAGGCCAUGACCUAUGGCUUUAAGAUGGCUAAUAAUGUCACAGAUCUGCGGGUGACAGGUAUGCUGAAAGAUGUAGAAGAUGAAUUACAGAGGAAAGUUAAGAGUACGCGCAGUCGACAAGGUGAGCAGCGAAACCCGGAGGUUGAGCUGGAGCAUCAGCAGUGUCUGGCACUAUUCAAUAGAAUAAAGUUCACACGCCUUCUACUGACUGCACUGAUCGCUUUUACCAAGAAAGAGACCAGCUCAGUGAGCGAGGCCCAGAAGCUCGUGGCACAGGCAGCUGACCUGUUAUCCCCCAUUCAUUCCAGCAUUCAGCAUGGCAUCCAGUCACAAAAUGACACCACUAAAGGAGACCACCCCAUCAUGAUGGGCUUUGAGCCUUUAGUCAACCAGAGAUUGCUGCCACCCACCUUUCCUCGCUACGCCAAAAUCAUUAAGAGGGAGGACAUGGUGGCGUAUUUCAGCAAGCUUAUAGAGCGCAUUAAGACUGUUUGUGACGUGAUCAACACUACCAACCUACAUGGCAUACUGGACUUCUUCUGUGAAUUCAGUGAGCAGUCUCCCUGUGUGCUCUCCAGAUCUCUUCUUCAGACGACAUUCCUGAUAGAUAAUAAAAAAGUGUUUGGCACCCACCUGAUGCAAGACAUGAUUAAAGAUGCUCUGAGGUACUUUGUCAGCCCACCAGUCCUCUCAUACAAGUGUUGUCUCUUCAACAAUCACCAAGCGAAGGACUACAUUGACUCUUUUGUUACACACUGCUCCAGGCCUUUCUGCAGCCUGAUCCAGAUCCACGGACACAACCGUGCUCGACAGAGAGACAAGCUGGGACACAUUCUUGAAGAGUUUGCCACACUGCAAGAUGAAGCUGAGAAGGUGGAUGCAGCUCUGCAUAGCUUACUGAUGAAACUGGAGCCUCAACGACAGCAUCUAGCCUGUCUUGGGACCUGGAUCCUCUAUCAUAACCUGAGGAUCAUGAUUCAGUACCUGCUGAGUGGCUUUGAGCUGGAGCUUUACAGCAUGCAUGAAUACUAUUACAUUUACUGGUACCUGUCAGAGUUCCUUUAUGCGUGGCUGAUGUCCACUCUAAGCAGAGCUGACUCCUCUCAGAUGGCAGAAGAGCGGAUUCUAGAGGAGCAGCUGAAAGGGCGCAGCAGCAAAAAGACCAAGAAGAAGAAGAAAGGUACAUUUUGUUGUGUUGCUUUUAUCUGA